AUGGCCGCUCAGCAAUCCCAAAGCAUUCAAACGCUGCUCGAGGCGGAGAAGGACGCCGCCAAGGUCGUCCAGCAGUCGCGCCAAUAUCGCGUCCAGAAGCUGAAGGACGCCCGCGCGCAGGCAUCCAAGGAGAUCGAAGAAUAUAAGAAGACGAAGGAAGAGGAGUUCCGAGCAUUCGAGGCGUCGCAUGCCGGCAACACGCAAACCGCGCAGGUACAGGUAGACAAGGACACGCAGAUAAAGUUGCAGGAGAUCGCCGAUGCGUACAACAAGAACAAGGAUGAGGUCGUCGGGAAGCUCCUCGACCGUGUAGUGCUAGUGAAGCCCGAGCUGCACCGUAACCUCAGGAAGGUGGAGCACUGA